UAUUGUGUGUAUAAUGCAGUAAGUUCAUGUAGAUUACAUUACUGUUGGUAACUGAGAACGAGAACCAGCAUAUUCGUUGGCGAAAUUUUAACACUCGCGAAUAUUAAUCGUUUACGGACGGAAGACUUGUCUACGCGUGUUCGAGAUUAAACACUAGUGAAAGGUACAUUGAAGCGAGAUUUUCAUUUUCGCGUUAUGAAAAUCAUUUGUUUAUUAUACGAAUUUAAUUUAAACUGUUCGUUUUGCGUUUGAACGAAAAAAAAAAAAAGAAGUCACGUGUAAGAUUUCUUAGCAAGAUAUUUAUAAACACCCUUUAUAGACUGUAUAGUAGGUAAAGUUGAAUUUCGCGACGUGAGAUACCUACUUAAUUCACGAUUGAUAUGUACAUUCGUAUAUGGAUUUUUUUAAAAGAUUGAUACUAUUUGAAUUGUGAUCGCGGUCAGCAUGCCACUACAACUGGCUUUCUUAUGGCAUAUAUUUAACACUAGUUGUGAAAAUAUAUUAAUUAAUUUUCUUUUAAAUUCUGUUUUUAAAUACAGGAAAGAAAGAGGAGUAUGAAAGAGCAUACUAGCGCAAUUAUCCGGUUCAACCAUAGACAGAAAAAUAACAUGAAAUUAGUGCAAUCGAAUAAAUAUAAGAGAAACUGUUUUCGCAUUAAAUGUUACUGUUCGGUAAUUAAUAAUAAAAAAAAUGAAAAUGUUUUUACCUUUAAACACAGUACAUUGUUCGUAAUAAUCGUAAUAAUUGUGAUGUUCGGUUGUUUAUGUGUCGCGGAAUCAAAGGACACUAUGACUAAUAAAGAGACCAGCUCAGGUGAAUCGAAGUGUUUGCAAUGCUAUAGAAACGAAUCCAGAACAAUUGCAAUUUGGGGCAUUCAAACUAAGAUACUGAAGGCCUUAGGAUAUGAAAACGGUCCACCAAAAGGCAUCGAGAAGGAUAAAAUUAAUCACAUCGCAUCCAGUCUAUCGAGAUAUAUGGAGAAAUACUACGAAACGACAACUGAACAUGCCCCACAUCGGCACCAAUUUUCUAACGAAUUAGACGAACAACAACCUUCAGUCCUACUGCAAGAGGAGUACACUCAUGGAGACAUAUGUUCGCAUUGUCCACCGUACCUUGGCGUUCAUAAACCAAUUAUAUUCAAGUUUGGAAACUCGACUGUAAACAGCGAAUAUAAAAAUGUCGAAUUAAUGCUGUUGGUCAAUGCGUCAAAGAAUUGCGCUGAAAAAAUCAACGUCAGUGUGUACCAAUUGACGUAUUGGUCAAACGGAACACAGUCAUAUAACCUCGUCAAGAAUAAUACAGGUGAAACAUACAUGUUACAUUCGAAUACCUACAUUAGUAUAAGUGUCCGAGAUGAAGUGGAGAAUCAUAAACUCUCCGAAGGAUUCACGGAUAAUAUCACAUUUGUACCAGUUGUAACCUAUGUUAAAGGAAGAAAAUCCCACUGUCCAGAUUUUGGCGGAGACAAUGCAUUUGAACCCUAUUUAAAAUUUCACUACGAUGACAAAGUAAAAAAGCGUUCAAAGCGUACGCCAGUCAAGAACGAUUGCUCCGAAAAUUCCAAUCACACGGAGUGUUGUAGAUAUCCGUUAACUGUAGAUUUCGAUGAAAUGCAGUGGGAUUUCAUCAUUACACCAAGAAAAUACGAAGCCUACCUUUGUGAUGGAGAGUGCCCUCUCUUAUACAAACAAGAUCAACCUCAUACACAUUUGUUACAGCAGAUGAAAACGAAAGCUCGCGCUGGACCUUGCUGUUCGCCAAAACAUAUGAACUCUAUAAACAUGCUUUACAUUACCCCUCGAGGGACAAUACUAUAUGGUAAGGUACCAGGCAUGGUAGUUGAAAAAUGUGGUUGCUCGUAGAUAAACUAAACGGGCAAAAUAUUAAGACUGAAAUUUAAUGCAUUUGUUAUAAUUUUUCUCUUUUUCUUCUUAUUUAAGGUAUUGAAAGUGAUUUUUUUUUUAAAUAUUUCGUUCUUACGCCUAUAUUGAUCAUAGGCAUCAUUCACCUUGUAUUCCUAUAAACGAAUUUUUAUUUAUUAUUAAGUCUACUUUCCCCAUUUUUUGUUUUGAUUUUUGUAUUGUCAUAUCGUAGUCGAUAUCUUAUUCCUAUAAUCGUCGUACAUCUAGCGGCUACGUAAUCAGCUGUUGAUAGAAUUUCUAAAACCAAAGUGUUUCGUACAUUUUCCAAGGUGCUAAUGAUAUAAUCCUUUUAUUUUUGUUUUUAUACUCACUACAUGGCUGCUUCGAGCCCGCGAGUUUUUCAUUUUAUCUAACAUGUGCUCUCGUCUUAUUUAUAUGUAGAUUAACUUUGCCAGUGACUUGUGUGGAUGACUUGUCAGUGAUUUACCAUUACCUAGCACAUUCUUGAUGAUGAAUGGUCAAUGGUGGUGGAUGUGACUAGAGUUGUUGAUCUUUGAAAAGUCGACGCCAGUUUGACUUUGAACUGAUUUUUUUGUUCCUUGACAAUUUUUAGAAUCGUGUCAUUAAAAUGACAUUUUCGGAACAUCAGUUUCUCAAAUGUCAACUUCCUGAAUACAAUUUUCAUGAAAAAAAAAAAAAUGUGUUUCAUCUCAAUUUCCGAAUGGCAAAUUCACCAAAUCUGGUUUGCCAAAUGUCUCACACAACAUCUGGGCUACUUUCACUUGAAUAGUGACUAUAUCACGUUUCCUCCUGAUGUAAUAUUCAUUGUAAUGGUACAGGUAUCAGAUUACUUAUUCUUGUUCUUAAUCGAUUGCAAUCCCGGUAAAUAUUUCCAUACAACUGUUUUGACAACUAUUGGAUGAAGUGGUUCUGACAAAAAUUUCUAUCGUCACUGCUUAUGUGAUCUCUGUCUGAGUAAUUUUAUGUACAGUAAAGUAUAACUAUAACAAAAACAGUCAGAAAAUUCGUGGGAAACUGACUAUUCAGGAAAGUAGCAUGGGUAUCGACUUAUUAUUAGUCCACUUGCCAGUGACAGGUCACAAAAAUUGAAUAUUUAAACUGUGAUUACUGGCGAUUGACCACAAAGCUGCUCUUCUUAGCUUGCAUACUUGUUCAGAAGAGAUUGUUGAUAAAAAUUAAAUAGGCCAGUCAACGAAAGUACCAAUUUUUUAAUUGCAAGUUGGCAAACUGCAAGCUGUUCUUUGCACUAUAAAGUGCAUUUGUUGAAUGGAACAACUUAUUCGAUUUUUUCGCCCUUUGAUGACAAUCUCAUCAGCAACAAAUUGCAACUAAGAAGUUUUAUCAUUGGUAAUUAAUUUUAUUAUUCCGAGUAUAGAUGUAAAAACGCGAUUUUUUGUGUAUAUGUAAUUGAUUACUAUUAUAUGAACGUAUUUAUAUGUGAUUAGAUUAUAUUUAUCGACAGAUAAAAAAUGAAAAAUUUUCUACCAAAUAUCUAACUAUUCUAUAAAUUUAUUACGAAAUCCAAUAUGUAAUAAAACUACUGGUAUUUUGAAAAACCUAUCAUAAAUAAUUCAUCAAAAAAUGGCAUCCAUGUUUUUAUAAAAAAAAAAUUAAAUAAUCUCACCAUCCUUCAUCUCUUCUUCAUGCUGAAAUAAAAAAACACUAACGGUAAAUGACUUUCAUUUCAAAUUAACAAAUUCAAAGAAGAGAUUUUUCAAUCACCUCUCAGAUCUGAUCAGAUCAGAACAUUUCCUGGAACCAAUUCGACCUGAUCAAAAAUUAAAUCUGUUCAGGCCUGAUCAGACCCAAUAGGGAAGACCCGAUGGGAUCUGACCAAUCAGAUCUCAUCAUUUUCCCCUUGGGCUUUAUUUUACAAAAUUUUAUGUACGUAAUUUAUUUCUGUACCUCUAAUUUCAUGUGCCAUUCAUUUCCAUUAUGUAUGCAUUUGUACAUAAUUAUUACUUAUCACCAAAAUAAUUACUUUACUACUUUUAUAAUAAUGUUCAAACUUCAAAAAACCAAAAAUAAUUCCAACUUCCAAGUUGAAUGUACUGGUAAUUGUUUUAAAAUUAAAGUGAUCCAAAAUAUUUAUAACACGUGCCGGUAAUUUUAAUCGUUAAAGAUCUCUUUUGUAAGUGUUAUGAAUAAAACCUAUAACUAUUAUUAUGUAUUAGUAGAAUAACAAAUUGUAUUUUAAUUCAUGACGACGCAUAUCGUGUAAAAAGUAUAAGUAUAAAUUAUUUAAAGAUAAUUUUUUACCGAAAAAUUCAUAAUUUUUAUGUAAUGUAUAUUCGCUUGAACAAUGUUUCGUUUAAUUAUAAGCUAUCGUUAGUAAUCACUUAAUGGUACAAAUUAAUAAAAUAUUAUUAAAAAGAAUUAUAAUGUAUUAUGAAUUUAGGAGAUAUACAAAACUGUAAAUUCAUAGGGUAUUCUCAAACAUUCCUUUAAACUACAAAAUCUGAAAUUCAAGCCCGAAAUUUUCAAUACUUAAUGAAUCAAUAAUGAGAAUUCAAAUUCAGCAGGAAUUGCACCACAGCGAGAUAUCAGUGAUCAGUAACAACUAUAAUAAAUCAGUAGAAAAUUAUUGAACUUCACUAUUGGUGAAAAUCAGUAAUGCGGUGAUUUUUUAGUUGAUUUCACUAAUCUUUCAGUGAAUUUUAUUAAUUUUUUUGGUCGUACUUCAAAUCUGAUCAAAUUUCAAAGGGUUUCACUGAGCUAAAAUUGAGAACGUUAUUCUCAACUGUCAAAAAACUAACAAGGUCGCUCUGAUGGACUAAAAAUUUCAAAACAAAAUUUUAAUACCUACUGCAUUCACGAUUGUAUACCCAUAUAUCUCCGAAUUCAAAAUCAGUAUUAUUUGAAAUUACGUAGGUGACGAAUUUUAAGAUGUAUUUGUACCGCAACCAACAACAAUGCGUGUAAUUUAUACCAGAAAAUUGCUUAAUUAAUUUCACAGGUAUUAAUCAACUUAGGCGUACGUCUUUAUGUACAGUAAAAUUGUUUCAUUCAUGUACCUAGAAUUAUAUGAACGAAUUGGGCGUAAAUUCGUGUCAUUAGAUUUGUAAAUAAAGCCACCUGUAUUUUCUGACUGAUUUUUACGAGUAUGCGAAAUUCAGCGAAAUUUUAAAACUAUCCUAUACUGUGUAAAAUAUAAGUAGUAUUAUUCUGUGAUGUUGUAAAUUACUUUUAAUAUUCUGUUUGAAAUAAAUUUGUACAUUUUUAACGUU